CCGGUUAACGCGUGGUUUCGUUGGAGUCGUUCUGGUGUUUCAACUUGUGUCGUUUUGAUCGUGUCACAUCGAAAUAUUUUCUAAAGUUGUGAAUUAAUACUAAUUAGUGAACAUGGUUCUUGAAGCGAGUAUCUUUCAGCAAGUUUGAUCGCGAGUGACAAGUGAAACUUUGAGUGAACACGGUGGUUAUCGAGGUUAGGUCACCAAAAAUAAAAUGCUGUUGACGAGAUUUCGACCACAGAGGACAUUCCCGUCCACGUGUCGGUGAUCACGUUCGUGACGAUUGCCUACGACCGCUACCGCUUCCUGGAGGACCCGUCGAAGCAGCGGCUGCCUGCCCUGGUGAUCGCCAUUGGGUCCUGGCUCACAGCCUCCUGCAUCGUCGUGCCCUACCCCAUUUACGUCACCUACCUCGACUUCAGCCUGAAGGAUACGGACGAACGCCUGGAGCACGAGGCGGAGCUCUCAGCCGUGCUGGCGCCCCAGCAGAACGACCCCGGCAAGUUCGAGUUCUGCUACGUCAACCUGGGCGGCGACAUCAUGGACUACCAUCGCUGCAUCUUCGCACUCAUGUACGUGGUGCCCGCCAUCACCCUAGGCUACCUGUAUGCCCAGACGGAGCGCCUGCUCAGCCACAAGGAGAGGCCUGUCACGCUCGUCCUGUACGACACGCAGCGCAGCGCGCGUUCAUCCUCCGCCGCCUCGGUCCACGGCUACAGGCGCUCGCUGCCCGCCCGGAGUCUCCUGUACCACUCGUCCACUCUGGACGGCACCGGCCUGGACCUGGUCAAGGAGCAGCGCACCCAGAAGUACCUGGUCGGCAUGACGAUGGCCUUCUUCGUGCUGUUCACGCCGUUAAACCUGCUGCGUACAAACAUCUGGAAAAUGGGUGAGACUUACGACAACGAGUACUACAUCGACAUCGGCUACGCCGUGUUCGUGUGGUUGGGCUACCUGCCCACCUGCUCCAUGCCGCUGCUCGUCGCCUCCUGGAUGCUGAGCCGGUCGGAGAAGGAGCGCGUCCGCGGCUACUUCCGGUUCAGCAACCGGCGCUUCACGCGUAGCGGCCACCACCGGUCGGCGCGGUCCGGCUCGGACUCGGGGCUGCCGCCCAACGGCGCGUCCUCGGCGGCCGACGGCACCGCGCUGUCCACGCCGGGGCCGUCACCGCCGCACGGCGCGCUGGCCGCGCACGGCACGCGCACGGCGAGCGUGGUGACGGCCUCCACCGCCAUCACGACCGUGUCGCCGCCGUCCUCGCCGCGGCCCACGCCGAGGCCGUCGCCGAGGCCGCCGCGCGGCGAGUCACUGGCGCCCGCCGCGGCCGCGCCGCUCAGCGAGGUGAACCUCCUCAAGCACGACCUGCAGCGCACGGCGUCGCACCGCCUCGCGCGCGUCCACGCGCCCGCGCCCUCCUCGCCGUCCACCCUGUCGUCCACCUCUUCUUCGAGGAACACCAACUCGUCGUCCUCGUACGGACCCGUGCACAACCCGUUCCUCACGCCCAGCGUGCUCGCGGCCGCGCUGCCACCCGGCGACGCGCACCUCAGCGACACGACGCCCUCCUCGCCGCCGAUCACGGCCGUGCCAGGCCUGCCCCAGGAGGCGCCUCUGUCCAGGAUGCCUUCGUACCGGAGCCAGCACCACCGUGGCAGCAGCCGGCGGCGCAAGCAGCCGGACCUGCCGGGCGCGCCGCAGAGGACGCUGCCUGCGCUGCCGCCGGGGCUGCCGUCGGGGCUGUCGCAGGGACCGCCGCCCGCUGCGCAGCUGGACAAGGGCAAGGGCGACGCCAUGGACUUGGGCAUGGAGCGGAUGGAGCUGGCGCCGCAGAACUUCCACCAGGCCGUGCACCAAGGGCUGCACAAGCCGCAGCAGCCGCCCCGCUACUUCACCUUCGACCAUGUGGACCGCUCUGCCGGCCACGGCUACUACCAGCGGCCGUAGACCAUGAGUCGAUCUCCAUUCUCCAAGUGCCAAUUCACGAAUCCCGUCGUCGGACCGUUGUCAUUGUCGUAUAAAAGUCUUCGUUAAAAGUAUUACCAAUUCGGGUGCCAAUGCUGUGCGAGGGAUCGUGCAGUGUUUGUAUAUUUGUGUGUGCCAAUGGACAUCCUGACUUGAAAGGAAAGAUAGACAUUUAGUUUCUUUCCUGAGCUCACGUUUUUCGCACAUAAAUUAAGUUAGUCAUAGAAGUUUUGUAAAUUAUUAUACAAAUGUAGUUGUAAAAUAGUACUUGGGUACGAAAUAGUACAAUGUGCGCAGCGUAGCACUAAGCUCCAGACGGAAUUGAAUAGUCUAAGUUGUUAGUUUUAGCGUGAUUUUUUAGAGAUUGAUGUGUACAGGCGGCGAGCAGCGACCCUAGCGCCCGAUUAUGUUGAACAUGAAGUGACUCGAGACGACGCAGGCUGUGUGUGAGCGUGCACGCGGUGUGUGGGGCUGCUCUCCACCCGAAGCUCACGACCAAUGUUGUCUUAUCAUGGACGUUGUUGUAUGUGCCAAAACCUUCCUCUCCACCUGAAACGCCCCGAAAGAAAAAUGCCGCGCUCGAAGCGCCCCGAUGUACUUUGUUGUUUUUUGAUGGGUUUGGUUUGGCUCCAGCUCCAGCCGGGACUCUGAGCCCGUCCCCGCUGGGCCGGUGGACGCCGGUAGGCGCGCGCAAUAAACUGUUUACCGCCGCUGAA